GCUGGUUUGACUAGAAACAGAGCUGCUCGUGACAGAUUAAAGACACAAACGAGGCAUCUGAGGCAAGGCAAAGGGGAGUGGAAAUUUACAGCUGCUCAGUGUGCGUUCAAGGGAUCGUUUUCUGUUAACGCUUUCCGCUGGUAACAGUUACUCUUCAAAGAGAGGGAGGCAGAAAGUCAAGACUGUUUCUUUGCCACGUGUCAGUAAUAAGAGGUAACCGCGAUUAAAUGGAAGAUAGAGGUUCCUCCAUCUAAACUGAGAGCUGUCUUCAGCACCUCACCAUGUGUCUGCUUUUGGUCAUUUAGACAAGCCUGGACAUUUUUGUUUCUCUUGCACCCACAGGUACUUUGGAAGAAGAAAGUUGGGGGAAUGAAAAAAAUGCCUUUGUUUAGUAAAUCUCACAAAAAUCCAGCAGAAAUUGUGAAAACUCUGAAGGACAACAUGGCCAUAUUAGAAAAGCAGGACAAAAAGACAGACAAGGCUUCAGAAGAAGUGUCAAAGGCCUUGCAAGCAAUGAAGGAAAUUCUCUGUGGUACAAAUGACAAGGAACCACCAACGGAAGCAGUGGCUCAGUUAGCACAAGAACUGUACAAUAGCGGCCUGCUGGAGACCCUGAUAGCUGACUUGCAACUAAUAGAUUUUGAGGGCAAAAAAGAUGUAACCCAGAUAUUUAACAACAUCUUGAGGAGGCAGAUUGGCACUAGAAGCCCCACAGUGGAAUACAUCAGUGCCCACCCUCACAUCCUGUUUAUGCUUCUUAAAGGCUAUGAAGCACCACAGGUUGCCUUACGCUGUGGGAUUAUGCUGAGAGAAUCUAUUCGACAUGAGCCACUUGCCAAAAUCAUCCUGUUUUCCGACCAGUUUAGAGAAUUUUUCAAAUAUGUGGAAUUGUCAACAUUUGACAUUGCUUCAGAUGCCUUUGCUACAUUUAAGGACUUGCUAACAAGACACAAAGUGUUGGUGGCAGAUUUCCUAGAACAAAAUUAUGACACAAUUUUUGAAGAUUAUGAAAAAUUGCUUCAUUCAGAGAAUUAUGUAACGAAGAGACAGUCUUUGAAGUUGCUUGGUGAACUGAUUUUGGACCGGCAUAAUUUCGCCAUUAUGACAAAGUACAUCAGCAAACCCGAGAACCUGAAGCUAAUGAUGAACCUUCUCCGGGACAAGAGCCCUAACAUACAGUUUGAGGCAUUUCAUGUCUUCAAGGUGUUCGUGGCUAGUCCGCACAAAACACAGCCCAUCGUGGAAAUUCUGUUAAAAAACCAACCCAAGCUCAUUGAGUUUCUGAGCGGCUUUCAGAAAGAAAGGACGGAUGAUGAACAGUUCACUGAUGAGAAGAACUACUUGAUUAAACAGAUCCGAGACUUGAAGAAGCCAGUCCCGUGAAGCUUCCCCACCCUAACUACCACCUUUGGCAUUAAUCGCAUUGUUCAGUUUGUAUAAGAAGUGUCAUUUUAAACAUCAUAGUGCUUGGGACGGCAUGGCAGGUGCCUGUUUCACUUUAAUUCAUUGUUCAGAUAGAUGGAGUAUAAAAGUUUUAAAUCAAAAUUACACAUAACCGCCUAGAAUAAUAUAUUCUUUUUAAUCAAAUCCUUGAUUAUUUAUGUGGAGUCAUAGGUGCUCUGUAUUAGAAACUGAUAGACCAAUUCUCCCCGCACCCUCAUCACGUUCAUUCCAGGAGAGCUGCGGCUUGUUGCUCUAGCUUUUUCUCAAAGCAGCUUCGGGGCUGUGUUUACUGUAAAUGCACCAACUAGGAGCUUGGAUGAUUGUAAUGAUCUUUCUUCUCUGCACUUUUAGUUGUGACUCUCUGAGUUAGUGCUCUGCGCACCGGGACUGUGAAAGGGGCUGAGCUGUUUUGCUUGUCUGCACUUAGGUAAGAAGGUUUGCCAAGUCUGGCACCGAGUCGAUUGGGAGAAAAAUGUGCUUAGCAUUUUCAGUGUGUUUUGUACUACUUUGUUCCUUUGGGAGAUUCUCUGGGCCGACCCCAGUGGAGUGGUUCCUAAUUUUCUGGUGAAACUGCACCCUGUUCAGCGGUACCUUGGGGGCGGGGGGAGGUUUCUGUGGCUGGUCUUGAGCGACCCGACAGUCUCCGCAGCUUGGGAGGGGCCUCUGGCUUCCUUAGGGCGUGACGUAGCGGCCCGAAGCACUGGCCCGUCUGGGAUUUCUGGCCCUUUGUCUGGAGCCCAGUUAGGCCUAGUUACGUCUCUCCAUUGCCCCGAGCAGGUACCGUCUCCAUCCGCAUCGGUCUUUGGGGUGCUCAUUGGUCCUGCACGGAUCCGGUUGGUGUCCUAGGCGUGGGGUAUAGCAUGUGGGAAAUCACUGCACUGUGGCGUUUACCAGAUGCGAUGCUGUGUCCCAAAGGGUUGCACGGGCCUUGGGACCGUUCAUUUUUCACAGGGACUGGGGAAAGGCUUCAAUGUAGAGCCCAAGGAAGAGCAGAGACUCAUUUCUCCUUUCACAAAACAGUAAGCCAUUUUCCUGGAACGCUCUGACAAAAAGGUAGUGAUCCUCUGAGACUUGAGUCCAGGAAACUGUUAUACCAAGUGAUUAAGGAUUUAAUUUAUGCUUUUUGGAAAAGGAAGGGAGCUAGCAGGUCUUGUGUAUAAAACUGUUGUAUAUCAUAGCAGUCUGGAAUUUUCAGCCUAUAUUUGCAAGCUAUUAAAGGCAUGGUUACUAAUCUGCA